ACCUCCUCCUCGCGGCCUCUACUUUCAGCCAUCUUCACCGCCUCCUCCUCGUCGAGGAGGAAGAGUAGCGGCAGAAGGUGCGCCGCCGGACAAACCGGGUUCUUCACCCGGCUAGGUCGCCUCAUCAAGGAGAAGGCCAAGAGCGAUGUUGAUAAGCUCUUCUCCGGAUUCUCCAAGACGCGUGAGAGUCUCUCCGUUGUGGAUGAGCUCCUCCUCUACUGGAACCUCGCCGACACCGACCGAGUUCUGGAUGAGCUCAAAGAGGCACUUUUAGUGUCUGAUUUUGGCCCAAAAAUUUCGUUCAAGAUCGUGGACAGCCUUCGGGAAGAUAUACUAGCGGGGAAGCUGAAGUCUAGAAGUGAGAUAAAGGAGGCUUUGAAGACGAGCGUGCUCCAGUUGUUGACAAGCAAGGGCAGUAAGACAGAGCUUCAGCUGGGAUUUAGAAAACCUGCAGUGAUUAUGAUUGUUGGUGUUAAUGGAGGGGGAAAGACAACGUCUCUUGGUAAUCAUUUUGAUCUUGUAUGUUCACUUGCACAUUUUCCGUUUAUGCUUUCACCUUAAAGAAAGUAGCGGAGUGUAUUCUUUUCAUCCUUAGGCUAGGUACUUUACCCAAGUUACUCAGGUUUAUUUUUUGUGUAGGAUUUACUUGUAAGAUGUAAC